UUUUUAAUGUUAUACAUCGUCCAGAUUCUUCAUGAGUCAGGCAGCUUUAUGUAUAUGUUUAUUAGAUUUUUAAUCCCACUUUUAUUACUUUAUAAGUAACUCAAAGUGAUGAACACGCACAAUCCUCCUUCCUCUCCUAUUUUCUCCAUAACGACAACCCAGUGAGGUGGGUCAGGCUAAGAAUAAGUGACUGGUCCAAAGACACCCAACUGGUUUUCAUGGCUAAGGCAGGAAGAGAACUCACAUAAGCUAGCACUUUAGCCACCACACAAUACUGGCUCUGAGCAGGGGGUUGGACUAGAUGACCUCCAAGGUCCCUUCCAACUUUACUACUAUUACUAUCAUAACUUUGACAAAUAAAUAAAUGUAUAUUCCGAAAAACAAUAACAUCACUUACAAAUCAGAGAAAACAAUCAAGGAUUUGUCCGAUGUCAGAUUUAAAAGAAUAUAUUUUUCUGCCUCAUCUGAAGAUGGGGGGGGGAGAGAUGAGGAUCGGCUUGUUUUGGAGUGCACGCAUACAUUCAAUUACAGCAUCCAGAGGAUACCAAAACCCAUCUGCUUUUGUGUAAUUGUUGCCAAGGCCACAAACAUUUCCAACAUCCAGAGAUACGAACAGCUGCUGACAAAAACGCGUACAUUGUGAACCUCGAGGGCUUAAGAGGGGAUUUUUUUUUGUUUGUGUGUGUCCUUCUUGUUGUUGUCAUCCGUUGCAGCUUUUGCCCUUGCAGCUGCCUUUUUCUCUGGCUGCGCGUAGGUUCAAAAGUGGCAUUUGAUUCCUUACUUGAGGCCAUGGUGUCUCAAACACAAUUAUUUUCUAUUCCCUUUAAAUAUAAUCAAAUCAAGAGUUAGCAUCUUCUGACAGCCGACAAGCUCUGAUUCACAGCUUCAGAAGCAGCUAUAAAUUGGGAUGCGUUCAGGGUUAGAUACCCCGACGGCCGUUCCCCAGUGGACAGAAGAAGCAGAGUGAACAGAGAUGAUUGCCUUGCCUCUACACCACCGAUCCUAAGUCCUGUAAUUCAAGCUAAUUAUUAACAGGGCUUCUGGAAUCACAAGAUUUUUUUUUUUUUUAAACUGAAGCUUUGAUAAGACGCUCCAGGGAUCAGGAGGCGAAGGAGACAAGCUAUGCAGCCAGGAAUCCAGGGAUCAAUUUUUGGCAGCCUCUAAACAAGAAAUGUGACUUUUAGCAUCUGCUCCACAGGUAUACAAUGGCUGGCUGGCAUCUGAAGGGUCCUGCGGGUCUAUGGGUUUUCUUUUUCAUGCGGUCCGUGGCUGGAUUUCACCGGAGUGGAAUUUCUGUCUGGGACAAGGAUCCCCAUUUAAGUCCCGUGAAUGAAACUCAGCUGUUCCUGCGCGACACGUUCCCUCCCAAUUUCCUGUGGGGAGUGGGAACCAGUGCCUUUCAGGUGGAGGGGGGUCAGCAGGAGGAUGGGAAAGGUGCUUCAAUCUGGGAACACUUCCUCCAUUCCCACUUCAGAGAUGCCUACAGGACGGAGGGCUGGAGCGACAGCUACACCUUUCUGGAAAAAGAUUUAACCGCCCUGAGUUUUCUGAGGGUCUCUUCCUACCACUUUUCCCUUUCCUGGCCCAGACUCUUUCCUACUGGCACGGUGACAGCCGUCAAUCAGAAAGGACUCAGCUACUACAACCGUCUGCUGGAUGCUCUCGUCCAGAGAGGCAUUGAGCCCGUCGUCACCCUGUACCACUGGGACUUGCCGUGGGAACUGCAGGAGAGAUACGGAGGCUGGGAAAACGACUCCCUGGUUGACCUUUUCAACGACUACGCCACUUUUUGCUUCCGAGCCUUUGGAGAUCGCGUGAGGUACUGGAUCACAAUACACAACCCUUACCUCGUCGCUUGGCACGGAUACGGCACAGGGCUCCAUGCCCCCGGAGAGAGGCGCAAAGGCGCUGCCUACGUGGUGGGACAUAACCUGAUCAAGGCUCAUGCAACAGUCUGGCACAAUUACGACCGACAUUUUCGACCCCAGCAGAGAGGUUUUUUAUCGAUCACGUUGGGAUCUCACUGGGUUGAGCCGAGCAAACUCAAUAACGAAUCCGACAUUGAAAAGUGUCAGCUGUCCAUGCAGAAAGUCCUCGGCUGGUUUGCAAAGCCGAUACACGGAGACGGCGAUUACCCCGAAGAGCUGAAGAGGGAACUUCCCGCUCUGCUCCCAAAAGCCACGCCGACCGAAAGGAAAUAUUUUCAAGGGACGGCCGAUUUCUUUGCAUUUUCCUUCGGGCCAGAUAACUUUAAACCUCCGGGCAAGGUGCCCAAAAUGGGGCAAACUUUCUCCCUCGACUUGAGGGGAGUUUUGAACUGGAUUAAAGCGGAAUACAACCCUCCCAGGGUCCUGAUUGCGGAAAAUGGCUGGUUCACCAACAAAGAUGUAAAAACAGAAGAUACGACGGCGAUUUACACAAUGAAGACCUUUGUUAAUAAGGUUUUGCAAGCUAUUAAAUACGAUCAGAUUGAGGUGUUCGGCUACGUGUCUUGGUCUCUCCUGGAUGGAUUCGAAUGGCAACAGAUGUUCAACAACCGGCGAGGAUUGUUUUACGUAGACUUUAAUAGUAAAGAGAAGGAUCGGAUCCCCAAGUCAUCUGCCUUUUAUUAUAAGCAAAUUAUUCAGGAGAACGGCUUUCCUGCGGAAGAAUCGACCCGGAGUUUGCAAGGCCAAUUUCCUCCGGAGUUUUGCUGGGGCAUCACCGAAUCAGUUAUCAAGGCAGAAUCCUUAGCUUCUUCUCCUCAGUUCUGUGACCCUAACCUGUAUCUCUGGAACGUCUCCGGCGACGGAAAAUUCUACCAGGUGAAGGGAGUGAGAUUGAAAACCCGGCCAGUUCAAUGCACGGACUUCACCAGCCUUAAAACACAUCUUCAACUGCUCUCGCGAAUGAAGGUCACUCAUUAUAGAUUCGCCUUCAAUUGGUCGCUGCUCCUCCCCAGCGGCGAUCCCUUGUCCCUUAACCGCCAAGUCCUUCGGUAUUACCGAUGUCUGAUUAGCGAGACGCUCAAGCUCAACGUGAAGCCCGUGGUCACCUUGUACUAUCCGACCCACCAGUCACUAAGCCUGCCGGGUCCUUUCCUUCAACACGGUGGUUGGUUGAAUCAAUCCACCGUCCGGGCAUUUACAACUUACGCCGAAAAGUGCUUCCAGGAAUUUGGAGACCUGGUUAAAUUCUGGAUCACCAUCAACGAGCCAAAUCGGUUCGGUGAGGUUUACAACGGCAGCAGCAAUGACACGUACCGGGCAGCUCACAACUUGCUGAUGGCGCACGCCAUGGCUUGGCAGGUCUACGAUAAACGGUAUCGGUCUUCCCAGCGGGGUCAGGUGUCCCUGUCUCUGCACUGCGAUUGGGCGGAACCUGCCAACCCUUAUCUCGAUAGCCACUUGGAAGCGGCCGAGAGGUUCCUCCAGUUUGAAGUGGCCUGGUUUUUAGACCCUCUGCUGAAAACGGGGGAUUAUCCCCCAGCCGUGAGGAAAUAUCUCGGUUACAAAAAAGGCCAAGGCCUCUCCAGUUCCUUUUUGCCGUUUUUCAAGGGAGAGAAGCAGCUGGUUCGAGGGGCUGCCGAUUUUAUCGCCGUGAAUCACUUCACCACGAGAUUUGUGGCCCACGAGUCGAAGAACGGGAGCCGGUAUGAAUUCGACCAGGACAUUCAACUCGUGCAAGAUUUCACCUACCUCAGUUCCCCCCUUCGCUCCGCCGUGGUGCCUUGGGGGUUACGCAAAGCCCUGAACUGGAUCCGUCGGCGUUACGGCGACAUGGACAUUUAUCUCACCGCCAGUGGGAUCGAGGAUCCGUCGAACGACAACGACGAGCUCCGAAAAUACUACAUCGGGAAGUACGUGCAGGAAGCGUUUAAAGCUUACCACGUCGACAAAGUCAACCUCCAAAGAUACUUUGGGUUUAUUAAGCCACGACGAAGGCGCCAAACCCCAAAAUUGGAUUCUACUGCCGAAUUCCAGGACAAAGCUUCCGUCCAAUUCUAA